GAAAUUGCCGUCAGCAAAUUGUCCUUACGCUAAUCUCAGCAAAUUUUGAGGAGAAUUUCCCCUUGUCUGUGGCCAAAAUUCCAACCAGUAGACUGAAUGCUUCUUGGCCAAGCAUAAACAGCACGUCACUGCACAAUGCCAACCAGUGAUGGGGACACAAAUAAAUGCAUAGAAACAACAACUGCAAAUAAUAUGCAAACUAAAAACAGAUUGACAUGCCAUCUUGUGGUUGCUUCAUUGGUUGGAGCUCUUGGCUCAUCGUUUUUGUACGGUUAUAACCUGUCAGUAGUAAAUGCACCAACAGUGUACGUUAAAGCCUUUUGCAAUGAGUCAUGGACCAGACGCUUUGGAACAACCAUUGACACCAAAUCAUUAACUCUUCUCUGGUCAAUAAUUGUCUCCAUCUGUGCCAUUGGUGGUCUGAUUGGUGCAUUUAUUGUUACCCCAUUUGUGAAACACUUGGGCAGGAAAGGCACACUUCUCUUAAAUAAUGGAUUUGCAAUUCUUGCUGCUUUAUUGAUGUCCUUGAGUGAAACUGCUGGCUUCUUCGAAAUGCUGAUUCUGGGGCGUUUUAUUAUUGGAGUGAAUGGAGGCAUUGCCCUCAGUGCCCUUCCUAUGUACUUGGGUGAAAUCUCACAGAAGCACAUCCGUGGCUCCCUAGGGCAGGUCACAUCUAUUUUCAUCUGUAUUGGUGUCUUUGUUGGUCAGAUCUUGGGACUUCCGGAGAUACUUGGCAAGGAGUCCAGUUGGCCAUUAAUGUUUGGGCUAAAUGCAGUUCCAGCUGUUAUCCAGCUUGCUGUUCUACCCUUCCUUCCAGAAAGCCCUCGGUACUUGCUGUUUGAAAAGAAUGAUGUUUCUCAAGCCAAGAAAGUGUCUCUGGGUCCACGGUCAGCAAAGCGGGGAGCUAGCCUGCCUUUCUCGGCCAUAAUCCCAGCGAUGAUGUUCAAGCACCGCAGAGAGAGGGGCAGCUCCUUAUUCGCGUUGUCUGAAGUGAUACACAGCCAGGGUUUAAAAAUGACAGUGUUGGCACGCACGCUGGAAGGUUUUGGCAGCGCCAAGCACCUCUGCCUCUCCGGCUGUGUGAUUCCUCGAGAAAGAUACCAAGGCGUCAGCAUCGGCAGUUUUUGCUAUCGCCAAGGAGUCUGGUUGCCUGUGAACGAGAUCUGGUUCUACACAAGCAGCAUCUUCAAAGAGUCUGGCAUCAGUGACGAUCAUAUCCCAUACAUCACUCUGAGCACCGGUGCCAUUGAGAUCACUGCUGCAAUUAUUUCUGGCUUGACCAUAGAACGACUUGGACGACGAUCUCUUCUCAUUGGUGGAUUUAGUUUGAUGUCAUUGUCCUAUGGGCUGCUCACAAUUUCUCUCAAUCUACAGGACAAGGUAUCCUGGAUGCCAUAUGUGAGUGUGAUCUGCAUUCUUGCUGUAAUAGCAUCAUUCUGCAUUGGUCCAGGAGGGAUUCCUUUCAUCCUCACUGGUGAGAUGUUUGAUCAGUCCAGUCGAUCUGCUGCAUUCAUGGUUGGUGGCACAGUGCUCUGGAUUUCUAACUUUUUUGUCGGACUUCUUUUUCCUCUUAUCCAGAGUAACUUGGGAUCAUUCUGUUUCCUACUAUUUGCUGCAAUUUGUAUGCUAGGGUCAAUAUAUCUCUACAUCGUCUUACCUGAAACCAAAAACAAAACAUUUGCACAAAUAUAUCAAUCGUUUGUAAAAAUCAACAAGAUAUCAGAGCAAGAAAUUGAGCAGACUCCAUCAAUGGAGAAUGAAGUGAUGAUUCCAUUAGAUGAUGUGGUGAAGAACAUCUCAAGCAAGGACUCUGACAAUGUUGAGUGUAUCUAAUAACAGAUAGUCACCAAUUGUUUCUCUCUUACUGCAUUAAAUGUUGGCAUUACUUAUUACAGAGCUUGGAACUGUUCACCCUCAUUCUCUAGCUGGUUCACCAAAAACUGUUUUAAUGGACAAGAUGUACCGGUCGAGAUAGUGUGGUGAGAACACAUUUAUUCUGUUUUCUUUUUGCAGCUACAUCAUCUCAGCACUUAUAAAGAGAACCUUUGUAAUUUCACUACAAUAGCACAAACACAAACACAAACACUUACCUCACUUUAAGUCUUGAGAAAGAGAAAAAUGGAUACAGUCACUGUUCCUCUUUGUGUUGUAAUAAAUUUAUUUCUGGUGCUAACAUAUUACUCUAACUGACGCAAAAUAAACAAAUUUUGAAAUACA